CCGAGGGCGCGUGUCCGAGGGCUUGGGGGCGGCGUGGGUGCCUUGUUUCGACAUGGUUUCUACUAGAAUUUGGACGGCCGCAUCAAUUUGACAACUUUGUCAACGUCACGAAAUCCCGUCAAAAUUCGCCCCCGGAAACAUGGACGCCGCGCAGGCCCCGCCGUCGAACUCGAGCCCCGACGAGAUCCAGGCGUGGAACCACAUGAUGGAGACGAUGGUGACCUUCAUCAAAGCCUCCACGCACCUCAUGGACACCAUCAACCGGAAGAUGAGAGCGGAGGGCAAGUGCGAGCCCCAAUGCAAGGCGGGCGCCGCCCUCCUGUCGGCGGCUACGCCCGCGGCGCCCGAAGAGGCCCCUCCGGACGGGGCGGCGUCUCCCGAAAGUGCAUCCGAAGAAAUCUGCGCUGCCAUUAGGUCUAUGGAGGCCCCCGCAGCUGGAGCUCCAGGUGAUUCGGAAGUGGCGGAACAGCAACCGUGCGCGUGUCCAACCGAAGACCUGCUCCGGGACAUGGCGGGGAAGCUGGAGCGUGCCCAGCGCGAGAUCGACCUGCUCCAGCGGGAGAUGGUGCGGCUGCAGCAGGGCAGGAGGAGCGGGCCGGACACCGCCAUCUUGUACCGGCAGAUCAUGAAAGGCUCGGAGGUGCGUCGAUCUUCACCGGUCGAUGAUGACGUGGGCGUCGAAGACUGCGUCUGCGAACCUGGGUCUCCGGGCACGCCCCAGGUGUCCACCAUUUGGCCGCCGUCGACGUUUGCCACGAGGCGUGGCGUGGAGUAUUCGACGACCCCGCCCAGGAGCAUCGGGGGGUACCAAAGCGCGAGCCCACACGGUCAGUUCUACCAAGACCCCAGCUCGGCCUUCGACAGACGGUUCGUGGGUAGUCCGCCCCGUAGUCCCAGGAUGCCCAGAGACUUUCGGACUUACGGGGACUCACCGUCGCCCAUCAGGAGGGCACCCAAUAAUGCCUCGUGCAUGAUGCGGCUCGCGGUGUACCAGGAUUUCAUGCGGGGGAGGGACCAGUCUGGAGUCUAUCCCUCCCCCGACGGUUUCAGGAGCCUCGCUUCAUCGACUGCCCCUUCGGGAGUGCUCGGGGAUGAACCCAGUAAGGCGCGGAGCGGUGCGGAAGUCCAAAAGGAAGGAGUUACCGCGGCCGAAUGUUCGAAUUGUCGAAAAUCCCGAGAUGCCCUUCGUAGUACCUAGAGGCGGGUUUCUUUUUUAUUCGGUUAUUGUUCUUGCAGGAUGCGAUCCUUGCGGCUCUUGCAUCCUUGACUGACCAUUUUCUUCCCGCCCUUG